GCAGUGAAGCAGGAGGGGCUGCGCUUCGUGGAGCAGGAGCUGCAGAACAUCACAGUGUCAGACCUGCACGGGAAGGAGGGGCAGUUCCACUACAACAUCACCCAGGUCAAGGUGACAGACCUGCAGCUGGCAUAUUCUGACCUGAACUUCCAGCCCCAGCAGCACCUUGCCUUCAACAUCAACAACGCUUCCAUCAGCCUGCGCUUCCGCAGGCAGCUGCUCUACUGGUUCUUCUAUGACAUUGGGUCCAUCAAUGCCUCUGCGGAUGGUGUCCAGAUCCACACAGUGCUGCAGCUGUCCAAGGAUGAGGCUGGGCGCCCCAAGAUCUCCAACAUCACCUGCAAUGCCUCCAUUGCCAGAAUGCACGCAGGCUUCUCUGGCACACUCAGGAAGGUCUACGAGUUUCUGAGCACCUUCAUUGUCACAGGGAUGCGCUUCCUCCUCAGCCAGCAGAUCUGCCCGUCCCUGGAGCACGCCAGCCUGGUGCUGCUGAAUUCCUUGCUGGACACAGUGCCUGUGAGGAACUACGUGGAUGAGCACAUCGGGAUUGAUUACUCCCUCCUGCGGGAUCCGUCUGUGUCCACUGACACCCUCGACCUCGACUUCAGGGGCAUGUUCUUCCCCCGGGUGAGAGAGAACCUGGAGCUGGAGAACCACGCGGUGGAGCCGGUGAUCAAGGAGACUGAGCGCAUGGUCUAUGUUGCGUUCUCUGAGUACUUCUUCGACUCGGCCAUGCACUCGUACUUCGAGGCAGGAGUGCUGUCCAUAGAACUCGAGGGGGAGAAGGUGCCCAAGGACCUGGAGGUUUUGCUGAGAGCCACUUUCUUCGGGACCAUCUUCAUGCUGAGCCCCUCCGUGGAUGCUCCCCUGCGGCUGGUGCUGCAAGUCUCGGCUCCCCCCCGCUGCGUCAUCAAACCCUCAGGCACCUCUGUCUCCGUCACUGCCUUCCUCAACAUCUCACUGGUGCCCCCAGACCGCCCACCUGUCCAACUCUCCAGCAUGGCCAUGGAAACUAAGCUGAGUGCCAAGGUGUAUCUGCAAGGGAAGGCACUGCGCGUGCAGCUGGACCUGCGACGGUUCCGUAUCUAUUCCAAGCAGUCGGCGCUGGAGUCUCUGGCGCUGUUCUCACUGCAGGCCCCGCUGAAGACCCUGCUGCAGCUGACCAUCAUGCCCAUCAUUAAUGAGAGGACAAAGAAAGGGGUGCAGAUCCCCCUGCCAGAAGGCAUGGACUUCACCAAGGAGGUGGUCACCAACCAUGCGGGAUUCCUCACAGUGGGAGCUGAUCUCCACUUCUCCAAGGGGCUGCGGGAGGUGAUUGAGAAAUAUCGCCCAGUGCCCACCGCUGCUGCCUACCCCAGCUCCCCACCCCCAGAGCCCAGCCUGGACCCUGGCUCGCUCUAG